CUCGGCGCGGCUCGGCCCGGCUCGGCGCGGGAUGGGCUCCGCGCACUCGCUGCCCGCCGAGGUGCGGGCGCUGGCCGACAAGACGGGCUUCACGUCCGAGCAGAUCGAGCACCUGCACCGGCGGUUCAGGCAGCUCAGCCGCGACCAGCUGACGAUCCGCAAGGAGAACUUCGACAGCAUCCCUGACCUGGAGUUCAACCCCAUUCGGGCGAAAAUUGUGCACGCCUUUUUCGACAAGCGGAACCUGCGGCAGGACUCGGAGGGGCUGGUGGACGAGAUCAACUUCGAGGACUUCCUGACCGUCAUGUCCUAUUUCCGACCCAUCGGGAGCGGCGUGGCCGAGGAGCAGCUGCAUCGCCUGCGCCAGGACAAGCUCCGAUUUCUCUUCCACAUGUACGACGCGGACCGCGACGGGAAGAUCACGCUGCAGGAGUACCGAAACGUGGUGGAGGAGCUGCUCUCCGGCAACCCGCACCUGGAGAAGGAGGCGGCGAGGUCCAUCGCCGACGGGGCCAUGAUGGAGGCGGCCAGCAUCUGCGUGGGACAGAUGGGCCCGGACCAGGUGUACGAGGGCAUCACCUUCGACGACUUCCUUAAGGUUGGUGGCGGCGGGCGCCGGCGGGCGGCCGCCUCCCGCCCCGCUGCCCCCGCCUCUGCCCGCCUCCGCCUUGCAGAUGUGGCAGGGCAUCGACAUCGAGACCAAGAUGCAUGUGCGCUUCCUCAACCUGGAGCCCAUCGCCCACUGCUACUGAGCCCGGAGGAGGAGGAGGAGGAGGAGGAGGAGGAGGAAGGCGCCUCGGCGGCAGCUCGGCGCCGCGCGUUGUGCAGCCGCCUGCGACGCUGCCUUCUGCUCGCGAGAGGCGUAAGCGGCUCCCCGCCACUUUUAGCUGUAAUAAAAGGCAUUUCUCUUUUUACUUUUCGCUGA